AUGCAUAUUUUAUUCCUUGUGUUCUGUUCCGCUGGCAUCGUAAUUUCGGCGAGCGUCGGUGUUGACCUGAAUACAAUACUACGCGGUGUUCAGUUCAGCUCGAAGGAUGUUAGCUUCAAUUUUAAAAACUUCAAUGCUUCGAAUGGGCGUGUUUCGUUUGACACCUUGACGAUUACUGAUGGCGAGUUGGACACUAAUUCCAUUCAAGAUUACCGAGACCCUUCAGCUUCCCCAACUUUGAUGCCUUCUAAUUCAUCCACGCAAUCAAUUAUCGAUUAUCCUGAACUGGUUAACAUCCUUGACGACGACAUCGAUCCAUGCGAUGACUUCUACGGUCAUGUAUGUCAGAAAUGGAUUGAUUCACAUGAUAUUGAUAUUGAUGAAACAUCUGUUGGACAUAUGGACUUGCUCACACAACGAGUUCAAUCACAAAUCAAAGAAGUUCUCGGAGAUCACAGUGUCGAUACCACUCGUGAGCACAAGUUGGUGCACGACUUCUAUGAGAAAUGUAUGUCUCAUAAGCGAUCACCUGAUAAUCAGGCUCUCAUGGUGUUGUUGCAGCAGCUCAAGAAAGCGCGUGAAGCAAACACAACAACCCUAACGAGUUGGAUGAUAGAGUUUCGACCUAUGAAUUUUCUCAUAGAUGUUUCCGUGGGAAUCAAUGAACUCAAUUCCAGUUUACGAGUUUUGCAGGUGUCUACUGCUGGAGCAAGCUUGGGAUUCAAUUCAUACACUAAGGAGGAAUAUCGCCACGAAUAUGAUGCCAUGAGAAAUUUCUUGAGGGAACUUCUUGAUCUUCUUCAAAUGGAUGACUACAAUGGAAUGAUUUUUGGUGGAUCUGCUGAGGAAUAUGAAAAUCGGAUUAACGCAUUCUUCAUCGUCGAUAGAUUCCUUGCAAACCUUACUCAGAGUAAUCAGUACAAUCGCACCACUGUAAUGAUGGACUAUAACACAUUGAAGUCGACAUCCACAAAUAUUGAUUGGGACGAUUACUUCAAAAGCUUCCUAACUCCUGAUCUUAUGAAGGACUUACAAACGAUGGAAAUCCAGAUAAUUGAUGAGGACGCCUUAAGACAAGUCGACGACUUGAUUUGCGAUCUGGAUGAAAAGACGCUAUUGUAUUAUUUAGAUUGGGUGUCGGUUAUGUAUUUUGGAGAGUUCUUCGACAGUCGAUAUCAAGAAGUCCUACAGACUUACAAUUUUGCAAUAUCUGGUGCCAAAACUCAGAGCAAAGAAAAGGAUUGUAUGUCAACAGCCAGCCAGAUAUUCUAUGACGUCGUUGCUAAGCUUUAUGUUAACAAGUACUUUCCCAACUCCUCUCGGGAAGAGGUUAAAGAAAUGGUUUCCAAUAUUUUGAUAAGUUUUGAGGAAAUGCUUAAAACUAGCACCUGGAUGGAUGAUAAAACGAAAAGUGCCGCACUGGAUAAACUUCAUUCGAUUCACAAGUUCAUCGGUUACAAUGAUCUGAUUCUUAGUUAUAAUGUAAUCGCGGAAAAGUAUAAAAACCUCGUUUUCACGGUCAACGAUACUUAUUACACUCAAAUGUUGAAAAUUCAGCAGUGGACUCAGGGAUUGGUCUUGAAGCGACUGAAUACGACACGCACUGUCCUCGAAUUUGAGUUCCCUUCUACCGACGUGAAUGCGUUUUAUGAUCCGACGAGUAAUAGCAUUGCAUUGACGGCAGCCAUUUUACAACCACCGUACUUCGAUAGUAGACUUCCAAGUUCUGUAAAUUAUGGUGCGAUUGGAGCUGCAAUAGGCCAUGAAAUCACUCACGGAUUUGAUAGUUCAGGCUCGGAAUUCGAUAAAUAUGGAAAUCGAGUAAAUUGGUGGGAUGACGAAACAAUGAAAAAAUUCGGAAAUCGCACGAGAUGCUUCAUUAAACAGUAUUCCGAUAUUAAGGUAGACUCAACAAAUUUGACAGUUGAUGGACGAUUGACACUAAACGAGAACAUUGCCGAUAAUGGUGGAAUUCGUGCUGCACUUGGAGCGCUUAAAAUGAAUAAGAACAAAAAUGAUCCAAAAAUUCGAGGACUUGAAGCCAAAACACCAAUUCAACUAUUUUUCAUAGCCAAUGCACACGUCUGGUGCGGAAAAUCACGCCAUCAGUUCAUGCUCAAUCGCCUGUACACAGAUGUUCAUGCUCCCGAAAAAUGGCGGAUCAACGCGGUGUUCUCGAAUCAAAUCGAAUUCGCAAGAGCAUUCGAUUGCAAAAUGAUUUUGCAAUCCAUUCUGUAUCCGCUCAUUUUUUUCAUUUACUAUCCGAUUAUUUGGUUCCUCAAUUAUUUUCGUCCAGUGAAGAAAUUUGUCGCUAAUGCAGACGAGAUUCACAAUGUUCUUGAUGCAGUAGAAAAUGAAUGGAAAUAUGAGGAAAUUAAAGAUGAAGUGACAAAAGAUCCAAGAAUCUAUUCGAUUGGGCCGUUGAUCGUCGAAUUGCGACUCCCUUACAGGAAGUGGAGAAUUAAUUUUACUGGAUAUUUGAAAAAUUCCGAAGGUUUGCGAAAAUUUGUGACAAUUUCUGGAUGGUGGAGAAGCUGCUCAAGCGCGCGAUACUUCUACAGUAAUAGAGGUCCAGAUGUGUACGAAGACAUUAUUCGACAAGAAAAAACGGCAAUUUUGAAAAAUUUGGAAAUUAUUGAUAAAGUUCGUACACUAGAAUUAAUCAAUCAGUUGGGAGAAUAUCACGCCGAACUCAGGAUUGAUGGAAAUGUCAGAGAGCAUAGAGCAUGCCAUGAUAAACUGCUAACGGGAGGCAAGGGUUCGAAUUUGGCAAAACUGCAAGCAAUAUCACAUGGAUUUUCGGUUCCACCAGGAAUUGUUGUCACCACGGCUGCUUUCGACGCUCACAUGGAAUCUAAUCCUGAAUUGCAGAAGCUGGUUGCAAAACUCGAUGACCCUAAUGGAAACAUAGAAGAAAUUGGAAAAGAAAUUGAGACAGCAAUUUUGGAAUCUAAAGUAAAUGAGCAAUUGGCAAUACAAAUUUUCGGAAUGAUUCCGACGAGCGAAUAUUACGCAGUUCGAUCGUCCGCUGUAGGCGAAGACGGAGCCGAUCUAUCAUCUGCUGGGCAAUUAGAAUCCUAUUUGGAUACUCCGAAAAAUCAAAUUAUUGAAAAGUUAAGACUUUGCUGGUCAUCGAACUUCCGGCGGGAAGUUUUGAAUUAUAGAAGGAAUUAUGGACAGCUUUUGAAUCCAUCAAUGGCAGUUGUUAUUCAGGAAAUGAAUAGAAAUGGUGUAGCUGGGGUUAUGUUCACCGCGAAUCCUGUGAAAAUGGAUCGAGGCGAAAUUGUGAUAAAUGCUUUGAAAGGAUGUGGAGAGCAAAUUGUUAGCGGACAGGAGACUCCUGACGAAAUUCAUAUGAACCGAUUCGAUAAAUCCAAGAAGAUUAUGACAAAUAAUUCGCAAUGCUGCUUGUCGGACGACGAAAUUGAAAAACUUGGGGGUGUCGGGGAAUAUCUUGAAUCAAUCUUCGGGAAACCGCAAGAUGUUGAAUUUGUGGUACAGACAGACGCAAUCUACUUGGUGCAGUCGCGCGAUAUCACCGGACUGGAUAAAGAAACAAACUUUGAAAUGUAUUACGAAUUCGAUACACCCAAUUCAAGUGAGAGGGAAAUAUUCUGUAAUGCGAAUGUUGGCGAAGUAUUCCCAGCUCCGAUCACUGCAAUAGACGCGUUAGCAAAUUGUUUUCUUUUCGAUAAAGUUAUUGGGUCCAUAACCAAUCGAGACUUUAAUGGAAUUGUCAGCACCCAAAAUUGGAAAAACUUCUCAAUUCAACACCGAAAAGUGUUUAUCAAUCUCUUGGAGGUUGUCCUUCCCACAUGGGAAGUCUCGCAGAAAGAUCGAAUUAUCGAAAUUGUCGUUGCUGGAGAAUUAUUAUUAAAUGAUGAAAUGUUUAAACAAGGAUCUGAGAAAUUCGGACGCCUUCCGAAGCAUUUUCCACUAAAACGUUUAUAUUCAAUGUUGAAAAUGAUAUUCUAUUCGUUGUCGCGACUCUUGAAGAGGAUACAAGAAGCAGAGAAAAUAAUUGAGAACUUAAUUCCGUCGUCAGGGUGGACAAUUGAAGAAGCAUUUCACAGUUUGAAAAAACAGCAUCGUCUUCAUUGCGAGAUCAUGCAACUUCAUUCACUCAUCUCAAUGUCGUCUUCAUUUACUUAUGUCAUUUGCGGAAUGCUUAUUCGUGGAUCCGAUAGUGGCGAGCUUAGCGACGAUAAUCUUUCCGAUUUUGCGAAUGUAUUCUCCAAUAAUGCUCGUAGUGAUGUGAUCAGCGCCGAUGUUCCAAACUCAUUGAAGAAAAUUGCAGCGGCUAUUAAAGAGGAUCGCUUGGGCAAUGAGUUUAAAAACUCUGACACUGGAAAUGCAUUGAAUAUUAUUAAGAGAGGGGAAAAUGGUCGAAAGGAAUUGAAAAGAUUCAUCGAACUUCAUGGACAUCGAGGUCCCAACGAAUUAUAUAUUAAUGCAACAACUUGGGAAGAGAAUAAUGAAUUGCUAAUUCACACAAUCAAAAGCAUGUUGGACUGCCCUGAAACUAGUGGGAAAACUGUCGAAAAUGAGGAUAGUAUCGUUGAAAAUUUGAAAUGCAAACCAACUGGUCUAAGAAGAUUCAUGUUAAAAUAUUUUAUUGGACAAACGCAUAGAGGAGUCGCCUUCCGAGAAUCCGCGAAGAGUUGCCUUGUUUCAUCAGUUAACUCUGUUAGAAAAACAUGCAGAUUUAUUGGGCAAAAGCUCUAUGAAAAAGGUUACAUUCCAAAUGCCAAUUUAUGGAUUCAUUUUACGGUGGAUGAGCUCAAAGAGCUAAAUUCCACUCGAAGUCCUCGUUUAGUCACGCGAGCAAUUCGCCGCAAACAAAUCACCUCAAAGUUUGAAGGAAUGCAAUUUCCACUGGUCUCACACGGUCCGAUGAAUCCAGUCGAAAAUAAUCUAAUUAAAUAUAAUGAUUCUGUGGAUGUCGUACUUCGCGGGACGACCGUGUGUGAGGGAAAAAUCGUAGCGAAAGCAAGAGUGGCAAAAAAUAUCGAAGAAGCCAAGCAGACAAAACCUGGAGAAAUUCUAAUAACCCGCUACACCGAUAUUUGCUGGUCGCCAUUUUUCCCAAUAAUCAGCGGAAUUGUCACAGAAAUUGGUGGUCUUCUUAGUCAUGGUGCUGUCGUUGCUAGAGAAUAUGGUCUUCCUAGUCUUAUUGCUGUAUCUCACGCGACACAACACUUUAAAACUGGAGACCUAGUUGAAUUGGAUUCAUUUAAGGGAACAAUUAGUCGAAUUCAAACCUAG